CGAUUCGUCAUUCUUUUUUUUUCUUGUUGUAUAAGGAGUCAAUCCAACAACCGAUCAGUCAAAGAAAAGUACUAUAGCUUGGUUACCUCCCGUUCCCGGUGCCACCAGCUCAGCACAAUGGGCGCCGCCCCUCCCCGGUCAGACCGGAAUUCUCAUUGAGAAGAAUGGAACUCUUGUUGUGGUUGACCCAUGGUUCAGCUUCUGUCUGUCUCUCUGUCCGUCCGCCCGGCCGUCCGGCCGUCCUGGGCAGAAACUCAAGUUCAGCGGUGGGUGCCCUUUUGUGUGACCUGCUUUGGAUUGAAAGCGGCUUCUUAUCCCACUGUGGCAUAUCGGAACAUGUUGAUCCAUUACCCUCGAAGAUAGCCUACAAGAAAAGAAAAAGGUUAAAUCGUUUUCUCUUUGCAUCCGACCGGAACCCUCCAAAUCAGAAGGUAUCGCCCGGCGAUGUAGGCAAGAAUUAGAUAGACUACGGGCGCCUUGGGCC